AUGAAGCUUUCCACCGGCCUCCUGGGGAGCACAAUCCCGCUCUCAACUUUUGCCCACGCCGUCACCCCCCAGUCCUCCGCUGACAUGGCCGGUCCCGUCUGUGUGAGAGACCUGACAGAGAUCACCGACUUUGUGCAGAACAAUUUCAACGGCAAGUCCCAACUGUCAUACACCAUGUGGGGCGGCGCCAUGGCCCUCAACGUCUGCCGACUGGUCAACCACAACGCGGGAACAGAGCAGCCCUGUACCGAAGUCGCCGCCAUCGUCGCCCUCGUGAUUCUUGCUGUGUUGGAUAUUCAGACCGAGACCAAAGCGCCGAUUACGGGGGAACAGCCCGUCAACAAAAGGACGACCGAGUUAAACGCCGUGGUGUCCAUCGUCCAGGACCACUUCAGCGCCGUAGGGUUCUCCUGGGAUCUCAUCGACACGCCGCAGCUGGCCGCCAAGUUCGUCCAUACCACAAACGACUCCUCCUCCCCCUCUAACAGCAACGACGACAUUAACGAUAUCAUCCAGCACUUCAUCAUCCGCGGCGUCACCCACCCCUCUGUGUCCACCACUCCAGCCGACAUAUCCUUCACCACCUUCCGCAACAACACCGGCACCGUGUGCACCGCCCACACCCUAGCAAACCACGCACUAACAACAUCAAACCGUCGACGUACAAACCCAAAAGCAGGCUUCAAAAUCAACUACCAGACCUACUUCUGGGACCCGCGCGCGGAAAAAGCAUAUGGCAACACCGACUUCAAGCAGGUGAUGCUGGCCGUGGCGCAGGGCAUGGCGAAAGAUUGGGCGUACGACGCGAAUUACUUUGCGCUGGGCGAGUGGAUUGGUGUGGCGGGGUUUCGGUAUAUUCUGUUUCGGUUGUUGGGGACGGCGAUCAGGAUUAUUCCGGAGCCGGUGGCGUAUUGGGGGGAUGAGUAUGAGAGUGUUGAGGUGUGUGGGGCGUUGAGUAGUGAUGUUAGGGGGCAGUUGAGCUAG